AUGGACGAUUUCAGACGGCUAGCCAAGGAACAACCUUUUGGCCCAAAUGGAAGGACUAGACUCGGAUUUGCGAUGGACACGAUGUUUGUGCCACCAAAGGUGUUAAAAGACGCUUUCAACAUAGCUCGUGAACAUGGCGUGCACAUGAUCACAUCUCAUGUAACCCGAGUAAGCAUGAUGGACAACAUGCCAUCCGCAUUGGCAGUGCUGAAUGAUAACGGGCUCCUCGGACCUGACGUGUUGUUGUCUCACGGCAACAACAUUACACGUGAGGAGCUGGGUUGGAUUGCAACAAGCAAUGCCCAUCUCUCGAGCACUCCCUUGUCAGAACUACAAAUGGGCCACGGUUACCCGAUCUGCCUCGAAGCAGAUUUUCUACCGUUCUCUUCCAUUGGGACAGACUCUAACAGCAUCUGUACUUCAUUCAUUCCAGCACAGGCUAGAACAGCCCUACAGACUACACGUGCGCGACAGAUGGCAGAGAACAUCAGAAAUGGUACAUGGGAUGGCACCAUCGGUCCUAGGGCCGAGGAUGCAUUCAAUCUUGCGACUGUGCUUGGAGCGCGGGCUAUCGGCCUUGGAGACGAAAUUGGGAGUCUCGCGGUGGGAAAGAAGGCGGAUAUUGUGAUAUUCCAAGGCCAAACACCGACGAUGAUCCCCGCCAGUGAAUAUGAUCCUAUCGCCGCCAUCAUACUCCACAGCUCCGUGCGGGAUGUCCAAACAGUCAUCGUCGAUGGUGUAAUUCGUAAAGAGAAUGGCAAUUUAUGCCAAAUCAGCAUUCCUGCUGAUAUUAAAGAGAAUGAUGAAAUCAGUGCCAGUGAGAGGGAGUCUCUUGGGUGGAAGGGCGUUGCGAAACUUCUGAGAGACAGCCGUUCGAAAUUGGAGGAAGUCAAAUCAACGAUUUGCGAUGAGGACGCAGCACGGAAUGGACUGAUCAGGUCAUUUUUGGGCGCAAUGGCACACGCAAGCAGUGCAGAAUGA